AUUUGAAAAAUUGAGAGUUUAGUUUAGAAGCCAAAAUGCCAACGGUCUGUACCUUUGAACUAGAUCACAGCGAUCCAAUUUACUACAGCGGCGAGGUAAUCAAUGGUCGCAUUAAUCUCCAUACAGAUUCCAACAAGUCGGUGAAUGAGGUCUAUAUACUCUUCCGUGGCGAGGCGAAAGUGAGCUGGGACGAACACAAGACCCGGACAAGCAAUGGAAAGACGCAACACUACACUGAAAAUUAUCGGGGCAAGCAAGUCUAUCUGAAAACCCACACCCAAGUGUUCGGGUCGGGCGAUCUGCCGAGUGGCACCCACCAGUACACUUUCUGCAUACCCCUGCCACUGGAUUGCCCAACAUCGUGCGAUAUGAAAUACGGAAAGAUCCACUAUGAGAUCUCAUUAGUCAUCGAUAAGCAGUGGGGCUUCAAUAAAGACUUCAAGCAGCCGUUGACGGUGCUCCAAAGCUAUAAUCUAAAUAUGUCCCCAGAGUUGUUGAUUCCCCUCGUACGUGAGGAUGUCAAGUAUUUCUGCUGUUGGCCCUGCACCUCCGGUCCGGUACUGUCCACCCUCAUUAUUCCCUUUGGUGGCUAUGCGCCGGGCCAAAAGAUUCACUAUACCCUGGAAAUAGACAAUAAGUCGGGUGCCUAUGACCUGGACGGCAUUGAGCUGCAGCUGAAACAAGUCUGCCUGUUCAAGGCGGAAACCCCCCAUCACAAGACCCGUGAUAUCGAGAAGAAGCUGCAUGGCUGUUGCCAGGGAGAGCGAGUGCUGCGUUUCUCCAAGCGCAUUAUCAAAGGCAGCCUGCUCAUUCCGUCGGUGCCGCCGUCCUCGAGGACAGAUUCCAUCAUAACCGUUAGCUACAGGGUACUCUUCUCGAUCAAAAUGGGCGACUGCCACAUGGACUCGGAGUUCGAUGUCCCCAUUGUGAUUGGCACUAUACCCCUGGCGCAGAGCGCUGAAGAUCCCACGCAUGUGGCCGAAUGGAUACCGCAUACGCCCGAUACUCCGGCGGGAGCGACUGGUGGGGAUAUGCCACCCAGCUAUGACAAUUGCAAGCCGCCAUCCUUCGAGGAGGCCACGAACUUGGGCGACAGGUUCAUUGACACGGACGUGGACGAGCACAAUCGUACGAAUGACUUCAUACCCCGCUAUCCCAUGUACACGAAUUUUGCACAGCCCACGGCACCGCCAGAGCCAAGCGACUCUCUACCCUCGGCUGUACCAGUUCUGUCGCUGCCCCAUGGCUCCACUGCCCCAACGAAUGCAGAGAACUCGAAUGGAGUUACUGAAAGUGGAGCAACAUAUGGCUGGAAUGCCAAUAUGUAGUAGUCUCCCACAGCCAGACUUUGUGAGAAAUGAGAAUCUUGAUUGUCGUACAAUCCCUUUUAAGUGAUUAAUUUAGCAUUUGUAUCUUUUACGUACGCAAUUUUAAUGUGCCUUUAAUUAUGCAAAAAAACGCAUCGAAUUGAUUGAAGAUAUUAAUAUUAUAAGUUUAUUUUAAGAGACUUGUCCUGCACUCUGAUCAAUGAUAAUUAGAACUACCGAAAAGGACUCCCACAUAAACAACAAAAGCAAC